GGUACCACAGCAAUCCAGUGAUGAUCCUGAACUGAGUCUCCAACUAGCAAGGAUUGAAUUAGAGAAUGAAAGACACAAGAGAGAGCUUAAAGACAAGGAGAAACAAAUAAAAGAUUAUGCAGAGGAAAUUAUUCUACUCAAAACACAAAUGAGUAGAAGUAGAGGAGGAGGAGGAGGAAGAGGAAGGGGUGUACAUGUAGUAGUAGACCAAUCAGCUACACUAACACAUACUGUACAACUGGAGAAGGAGAAGGAGGAGCUAGUGAAAGAGAAGGAGGAACUAACGAAAGAUAAGAAGGAACUAACAAAAGAGAAGGAGGAACUAACGAAAGAGAAUGAGGAACUAACAAAAGAGAAGGAGGAACUAACAAAAGAGAAGGAGGAGCUAUUAAAGGGUAAGGAGAAGCUAACAAAAGAAAAGGAUGGGCUGGAACAAAAACUGACUGCAGAGAAUGAAGAGUGGAAAAAGAAACUACUUGCAAAAAAUGAAGAGAUGGAGCAAGAAAAGAAGCGGCUAAAGAAGGAAACUGAGAUUACAGUGGCUGAGGAAAAAAAUCAACUGAAAGAGAAGCUAACGAGAGAAAAGGAGCUUAAUGAAGAAAAGGAGGAGCUUAAGAAAGAAAACUUAGAAAAGGAGAAGCUGAUAAAAGAAAAAGAGGUGGCUAAGGAGGCACUUACAAACGAGAAGGAGAAGCUAAUGAAGGAGAAGGUUGCACUACAGGAGAAGCUUAAUAAAGAUGAAGAUAGAAUUACCGAAUUGACGCAAUUACUGGAGAAGGAAGAGGAAGAAAAGAGGAAAGCAGUGGAACAUACGGCUGAGUUGGAAGAGAAGUAUACCAAAGAGCUGGAGGGAAUUAAACAACAGCUAAACACAGAAAUAGCUAAGAAGAACCAGCUGGAGAUGCACUAUCAUGAAAAAUAUGAGGCCCAAGAAAAGCAAUACAAAAAAGAAAUGGAUAAAAAAGUGGAGCAGCUUCUUGAGGGGACAGCAGAGAAGAAAAAAAAGGAUGAAGCAGCGUUGAAAGAAAUGGAAGAAUUAAAGAAUCAAGUCAAAAUGAGAACACAGGAAAUUGAAACGUUGGAGAAAAAUCUUAAAGCUCAGUUGGAGGAAAAAAGUAUUGCUUAUAUUAAGUUAGAGGAAGAUUUUGAAAAAAAAGUGAGCGAGAGAGUCAGAGAAGCAGUUGAUCAACAUAUGCGUAAUGAACGAAAGCCUCAAGUAGCAGCCUUUGGAGCUCGUAUAGAAGGGAGCGAAAUUCAACUGAAAGCACAAUAUGAAGCUAGAGAGAAGCGACUUCAAAAUGAGCUUGAAGAAUUGAGCAAAAAAUUGAAACAAAAAGAAGAUGAUGAGAAUAAUUUACGAGGUGAACUAGCUAUUUUACAAGAGAAGGUUGAAGCUGGUGAUGGUGCUUCUGCUAAUAAUAGUCUAUCAGAAGAAGAUAAGAUGAAAAAAGAGCUUGAAACCAGAGUGAGAGAGCUUGAGGAUCAAAUCGCUAAAGUCGAAGGUGACAAAAGGAUACAAGUGAAAGCCCAAGAAACACUUCAAAAUGAUUUGAGAGUAGCUGAAGUCCAAUUAAAAGAUAGAGAUAAAACUAUUCAAAAUUUAACAGGGGACCUUGAAUAUUGCAAAGCACUAAACAAAGAAUCAGAAAAAUUGAAGGAUACGCUAAAGCACCUUGAAGAAGAAAUGGCUAGCUCAAAAAAAACUGUUGAAGAAUUAAGUGUUGAACUGAGUAAUAAAUUGCAAGAAAAUGAAGACUUGAAUGACUCGUUGGAAGAAAAGGAGCAAGAGAUAGUGAGGUUAACCACAACAGCUCAAUUAGCUUCAAAAGAGAAGGAACAAACCGUAAGACAACUAAGGGAACAGCUUGAUGAGGCUGUAAAGAAAUUCAACAAACAAAAACUACAAAUAAAAGAAUUAGUGGAGAACAUGCAAGCAAAGGAAGCAGAGAAUGCAGUUUACAAACAAGACUUUGAAUCAGAAAGGACUGACAGGCAAAGAAUACAUGCUGAAUAUGAGGAACUGAAAACCAAAACUGAACAAGCAAGGAAACAAAAUAAAAUUGAUAAAGAAGCAGUAGCCAACCUAGGGGAGGUAGUAAAAGCUCAAGAUGAAGAGAUACGAGUUCUGAAAACACAACUUAGUGCUUACAGUCGUAAAAAUGAUCAGAAUCAAGAUGAAGAAAUUCAAAUACUUACAGCUCAAGUCAAUGCUUACAGUCGGGAGGUGGACAAACAAAAAAGUCUCUUAACUCAGAGUCAAGAGAAACAUAAAACUGAAGUUCGUGAGUUGAAUCAGAAGCUUAAUGAAGAAAUAAAGUCUAAGCAAGAAUUGGCUAGUGAGCUGGCUAGGAUGAGACAACAGUUAGAUAAUGUAUCUAUAACUAAUCAACAACUGGAUAAUGAGCUGGCUGGGUUGAGACAGCAGUUAACUAAUAUAUCAGCUAAUAAUGAACAAUUGCUGACAGCAUAUCAUGAGGAACGAGCAAAAAUUACUAGACUAGAGGAUCUAAAUGAAAAACUGAAGAAAGCUAAUGAAGUACUAAAGGAUAAAUUGAAAGGCCACGAUGCCUCCACUGCUUCUAAUCAGGCUCAUAUCUCAUCACGUCGUAAUGAUGUACCAGGUGGUAAUUAUUAUCAGAUGUCAGCUCAAGCAAGCAGUGGCCCUGGUGCCAAGGGAGAGGAACUUGUAGGACGAGGUGAAAUGGAUCGUCCUGGUCGUGUUUCUGAUCAUCUAAAUGAGAAGCCACAAUUUACAGCUGAAGAAAUGGCAGCACUCUUCAAGAAACCAGCACAACCAGCACAACCAGAAUACUAUGAAACGGAGUCAGGCUUUGAUGAACAAGAGGCAGAAAAGGAAAAGAUUAAAAUUGAUAAAGAAUUGGAAGAAAUAGAUCAGCUUAGACAAAAAAAUCCUCUUCGUUAUGGAUCUGCUACAAGCUCUCCUAAGCCUCAUACUCGAUAUGCCCAUCAAGAUCUAUCACAUCAGAAUCCAUCACAUCAGGAUCCAUCACAGCCUUCACAAGGAGGAUCUGAU